ACUUGUGUGAUUCUCUGAUCCUCUCCCACCUCCAGCAGAACAGUGUGAAGCGCUUGAAUCGAAUAGACUAGAAUGGAAUUGAACAGAAUAGAAGGCUGUCCAUGGAGUGCACUUCUUAUCGCGAUUGGCAAAUGACACACUUCCAAACACCGGUAUGCAGGAGCAGUAUCAGAGCCCGUUAACGUGGCUGGAGUGUGGUACGAGAGCGCAUUGCAGCUGAAGCCUAUCCAAACCUGUCAGAGAACUUGCCAGAAGGCUUCAGACCAGGUGUAUGCAUCGGGACUGGGAUCCUGCAGUCAAACCCAAACAAACAAAGGAAAACCACUAAUGCUCGGUUAUUAGUGUUCACCAUGGAGGGCUUACACCGUGAGCCUUGUCAAUUUGUGGGGGUUGAAACCAAAGCACAUAAAGAAGCAGAGGAUUUGGAAGAACCCACACUCCCUUCUGAGACUUGGAGCAAAAAUUCAAAUAAGGCUACAGGACCAGUCCAUUCUUCAGAAGUGGUUGUUGAAGACUCAACCAUUUCCAUUCCUUUCUCUGAACCUUUGCUGGGUUUAAUUGUGAAAAUGCCAGCUUCCUUGCAACCUGUGUGCUUUGGCGGUAGUCCAGUCAUGCUGCCUGUCGAAGUGCAACUAGCAGGGGGAGUAGAACCUCAAACAAUAGCCACACCUAUAAUUACACCUACACCAGGCUGUCUCACUCUACCACUGAUCUUUGAUCAGCCACAUAUGCAGUAUUUAAGCCCUCUGUCCUCAUGUCCAAUCACUGAACACCAGAACCUUCCCCAAUCACUGCAGCAGAAUAACGGACUCUCUCAGAACCUGUCUUUGCCAAUGGGUCAGUCUCCGAGUGGCGAAGGGAAGUCAAAUAUAUCUCAACCCUCUGAGAACACUGCCAUGCUCAGCUCUGAAUUUUUAGCUGCUUUACAAGAACUGUUUCCGUUCCUUAGAAAUUACAGCUCCUCAGCUUGUCGAGAGAGUAAUUCAUUUCCAUUAAAUGCCUUCAGUUCAGGUUUCAUCCCCCCAAACACCACUUUGUCACACCUCUAUACUGGUUCUCCACUGGUUUCCUUGCUUCCUCCUGCCACCUUGCUAGUGCCCUUUCCAUUUGUUGUUCCUUUGCCAGUGCCUCUACCUAUACCAAUCCCAAUCCCACCCUUUCCAGACUCUGGUUCCCGCUUGAAAACAAGCAAAAGCACCCAGACUAUGACAGAAGACAUUCCAGUGUGUACCCACAACAGAAUGUCUGGCUAUGAUUUCCUGCAGUUUCCAACACAGCCUCCCCCUCCAGUUUCUCAGGAAGAAGUGCUUGACCUCACAGUUAAGGUUGUGCCAAUUCAAACAAAGCAGGAAGUCCAGUUUUCUUUCUGUCAAGACAACAUUCUGGACCUUUCUGUGGCUAACAAAUCAUGCAUUGAGACAGGCAAAGACACUAAACAAAAACAUCAUGGAAGGAAUUCAACGAAUGAAGAAUCAACAAAGUUGAUCCUGCCCGUGAAGCGUUCACAAACGCAAGCCACCAAUCAGUCGAAUGGUUACUCUGAUGUAGAGUUUAGCAUGCAAUACAAAUGGACAACAGAAGAGCGUUAUGAAAAUUAUGCCUUAAAGUAUUCAGGCCAAAAUGGCAGAGUCAUAACUCCAAAGCAGAUACCAAGAGUCACUCGGUCAACCAAGGACACUUCAGUCAUGUUUUGUGAGAAACUAGUAAGGCCACCACAGGGACAAGUUUUAAAGAACAGAGCUGUCAAGCAAAAGAGAGUGAACUCUCAGAAUAUAAACAUUCCUCCAAUCAAGAAACAGCAUUUGAUGACAUUUCUUCCUACCAAGUAGAUUCCUGAUUGAGAUAUUGGAUUGAGCUUUUGCAGGACCAUUCUUCAGAAAACUUUAUUAGAACCUUAACUGGGUUUAUUUCCCAAAUUUCCAUCUUCCUUGCAAACUGGCUGCAUUGUUGGUAAUCUAGUGAAGUGAAGUGACGUGUAGCCAAGUAUAGUGACCCAUACUUGGAAUUCGUGCUCUGCAUUUAACCCAUCCAAGUGCACACACACAGUAGUGAACACACACCCGGAGGAGUGGGCAGCCUUUUUUUUUUUUUUUUUUUUUGCUGUGGUGCCUGGGGAGCAGUUGGGGGUUUGGUGCCUUGCUCAAGGGUCUCACCUCAGUCAUGGUAUUGAGAGUGGGAGAGAGCGCUGGUCAUUCACUCCCCCCACCUACAAUCCCUGCUGGACCUGAGACUGGAACCCAUGACCUUCAGGUUCACCAUCAGGGUACAAGUCCGAGACUCUAGUCAGGCCCCCUAGUCAGGCCACGACUGCCCCCUAGUCAGGCCACGACUGCCCCCUAGCCAGGCCACUUCACUUUAGAUUCACUUUAGAUCUUAGAUCAGCCAUAUCUGCCAUAUUUAAGCCCUCUGUCCUCAUGUCCAACCCCAUUUACUGCAGCAGAACAGUGGACUCUCUUAGAACCUGUUGGAUUGCCAAUCCCGUUGGAUCGACCUCAGAAUGGAAGGGAAAUCAAACAUACACUAUACAGCCAAAAGGUUUAGCUGUUUUACAAUCGUUUCACUCUCUUAGAAAGCAA